AUGGAUUCCUAUACCCCAAAGAAAUUUGUCCCAUAUGUGGAAACAUCAGCAAUGAGGAGCAACAUGUUUGUAUAUCCCGGCUCUUCGCACUACGGCAUGGUGAAUCCAGCCAUCAUGAGCGGCUUCGGGGACGACGACGACGACUCGAUCUGGCUAGUAGAUGAUGAAGAGACAGAUCCAGAAGCUGAAAAUGCACAGACGCCUGAGGCAGAAGGCGAAGGAGAGGAAGAAGAGGAAGUUGUGCAACUAGAAGAAGAAGAAGAAGGAAAUGAAGAAUAUGAUUAUAAGGAAGAUGAAGAUGAGGAAGAGGAAGAUGAAGAGGACCAGGAAGAGGAAAAGGAGGACGAGGAAGAUGAGGAAGAGGAGGAGGUAGAGGAAGAAGAAGCCAGGACAAGCGUCUCUUUGCCAAGAACGAAUCAAUUUCAACCUCCCUCAAUACACACUGAACCCGAGGCAGCCCCAAUGGCUGAUGCACAAACCGGGUUCAGAUAUCGCAUUAACCUUGCUUUAUUUGAUGACGACUUUGCGACCCCAGAAGAAGAUAAAAAUCCAGUUUCUGUGGCCAGAAAUCAGGAUUCCGCUGCGUUCACUCCGCCUGCCGCAGCUGACACGCAUCAUGCGACGGAUCUUUUGACCGUUGCAGAAGGAUCUCUGCAACAGAAUCGCAAACAAGGCAAGAUGGCUGCUUCAAGCGGUUCAUCUACGCCUGCGACAGGGAACCCGUAUGUCGACCUCCUCGAGCAGCAAGACUCUGCCAUGACAGAAGCAUAUCAACGCCGCCUAGAUCUGUCUGGCAGGCGUGGAGAUGACGAAGCUGAUGAUUUCAGUUUCGGGCAACGAUACCAGAGCGAUCCAGGAACAUCAUCUGUUCUAGUUACGCAUCAGCGUGUUCCGUCAGACCGUGAGGACGGUGACCGCGAUUGCUUGAUUUGUGCGGACACCAAAGAGGAAAUCCUCUUUCCUCGGUCUAUCCGCUCUGAUCUGACAGGCAAGAUUUGGACAGAUAUUAGAUGCCCUGAGUGUCGAGAGCUGCUAGAUUAUACAGACAUCCAGCGUUACGCUGAUGUGGAGACAUUCAAGAGAUACGAAACGCUUGCCCUCCGAGCCGCCAUGGCUGAAGCUGAGAACUUCUUUUGGUGCACAUCUGGCUGUGGCUCUGGUCAGAUACACGACACCGGCCGUGACCAACCCAUCGUAAUUUGCCUUCACUGUAGUCACCGAUCGUGCUUUCAUCAUAAUGUCGCAUGGCACCAGGGUUUGACGUGCGAAGAGUACGAUCAGUUGCUUGCCGACCCGGACAACUUUCGUUCCAAGCUUGAAAUUGAUAACGAAGCGUGGGCAGCCUCCCAAAAGGAGCAGCUUGAAGCAGACAGAGCUAUGGCUCAGGGUCUAUUGGAAGAAGAAAGAAGGACUAGAGAGAUGAGGGAGAGGAGAGAUCGUCAAGAGAGGGAAAGGACACAGAAAGCAAUCGAGUUGGCGAGACAGAUUGCCGCAAGAAGGAAGGCUGAGGAAGAAAUGAGCAGAGAAACAGUUGGGAGGACGACAAAGCCUUGCCCCGGAUGUGGAUGGGCGAUUGAAAAGAAUGAUGGAUGGGUGCGCGUCAAAUGCAAACAUCAAUUUUGCUAUGAAUGCGGUGCCGACCAUAAGCGUAUUCUCGAGAACGACAAUACUAUUCAUAAAGAUACCUGCAAAUUUCACCCAAAUCAACUAAAGGAUUUGGAUGGUGUUGAAGGCAAGGAGAGUGACGAAAUUGACGAAGAAGAAUAG